UUCUUUAUGCAUUUCCUGGUUCUGGAGCGUUUUUAUGACGCCGAUGUUCCUGCGACGAAACGUAUUUUAUACACAGCGGCCUGUGCGUUCAGUUCUACGCUGUAAUUUUUUUGUCUUUGGUGGAGAUUUUGUCUCUGCAAAUCAUCACCAACAUGAAACUCGUACGCUUUUUGAUGAAACUCAGCCACGAGACUGUGACCAUUGAGCUGAAGAAUGGCACCCAGGUCCAUGGAACAAUCACAGGUGUGGAUGUGAGUAUGAACACUCAUCUGAAGGCGGUAAAGAUGACUCUGAAGAACCGUGAGCCCACCCAGCUGGAGAGCCUCAGUAUCCGUGGGAACAACAUCAGAUACUUCAUCCUGCCGGACAGCCUGCCGCUGGACACUCUGCUGGUCGACAUAGAACCCAAGGUCAAGAGCAAGAAGAGAGAGGCUGUGGCUGGGCGUGGAAGGGGCAGAGGAAGAGGGCGUGGCAGGGGGAGAGGCCGAGGCAGGGGAGGCCCCAGGAGAUGAUCGCCAUGACUACGCGGCUAUCAGUCAUAUCCUAUUGUUUGUACAACAACGUUUUUGUUUUGUCAUUUUUCUGAGGAAACAUUUGUGAAUCCCGAGCCUGACUUGUUUCUUAUUUUGUAUAUUAAAGAUGUUCCACAUGAACAGAA